AUAAUUAAUAUGUCCGCCGCGGCCGCCGCUUCCGAUAAGGAACACCGUAUCAGAAGUUCGACAUUUGGAUCGUUGCAGACACUGACCCGUGCGCUCCGGGAGUCGCUUAGACUACGGCGACUACGCAAACAAAAACGUUUGCGAAAUGAGGCCAAUGCCGAACAAAUGAGACGGAGAAGCAAAUCGGUCGGCAAUGCUAUAGUCGACGAUGAUAUCAGUGAUAUCGGCAUCAGUGUAGUGAUGGCCUCAGAUAUCGGGCCAAUCGUGAAUCCGACCCGAAUGCCGAUGCAAAUGAAGCCAAAACAGUUGACACAUAGGCGUCAAUCAAAAUCGGUAGACGACGUCGAGUUGGCCGAAAUCAAGCGCAACGUUGAACGUGAACGGGAAGCGGCCAGCAGUAAGCUAUCGCCGCGUAUGAAUGCCAACAACAAUGGCCACAAUGUGAGACGUCGGUCAAAGGACGACCACGACUUACCUAACAAUACCAACAAAGAAAAGUCGUCUAACUAUUACGCCUCCGAACAGAAAGGCUUUCGCAAACGGUUUGGCCGACUGUUUGGAUCGCUUCGUACUAAACAGUCAUCGCAUACACAGCUACAGCCAGAGACACCGUCACCGUCGUCGGCCUCCAGUAACGAGUUUGACGACAAUCAGACACCAACAACAGUAACAGUAGCCACCGUCAAGACAACUGCGGCCGGCAAUGAUAGCGGCGGUGGUAGUGGUAGUAGUGGCACAACAGUUGUUGCCAAUGAUGGGGAUCGGGAUGUUGUCAGCAAAGUCAAUGAAAAUGAUAAUAGUGGUAAAGCCGUUGUCGAGACAGUAAACAAUGAUAAAAAUAAUAGUAUGACUAAUAAUACUAAUAAUGAUAAGGAUAACGAUAUUGUUAGCGUCGAUAUUGAAAAUUAG